AUGAGAAAGCUCAUUGAAAAGAGUGAGGAGUGGCCUAUGGGUAGACCUGGAGCAAGGGCCGAGACUGAGCGGGAAAAGGGCCCCCAAACCCGGUUCUUCCCUGUUACUGCGAGCUUCCAGAAGACGGGAGGUUCGCCUCGCGCCGGGGAGCGGUAUGACCACCCCCAGAAGCUGGAGCCCUUGAGUCCAGUCCUUGCUCCUUCCCCUCCGUGUCUCCGUCCCGAGAUGGGAGGUGAUGUUCACUUGCCACUGCUGGUGGACACGGCUAGGACACAUAUCGGAGGCGGGAUCGAGACUGGAGUGAUUAACAACUGGGCACGCGAGGCAAAAAACAUGACGGUAGUUUUGAGGUUCUUGAUUGAUAAUGGAGAUGGGGCCUUACUCAUAGUUGCUGGAGCAGCCGGACAUGGUAGCAACAAUGAAACGGGACUGAAUGUCAACAAUGCUAACUUUUUUCUCCUUCCGCUGCUGUACGAUACCUGCGUGUCUUUUUCUUUCCUUUGUCCCCGCGCGUCUGAGGGGCUCGAGAAGGACCCCCUUUCUUUUCAACGAAUAAUGCAUUAUGUUCCUUCAGGUACGAACCGGAACAGAGUCAUUGCUCUCCGGCUAGCUGAUUCCGAUGACUGCCAGACUGACACUGGCGCCGGCCUGUUCGUCUCGUUCAAUUUGCCCGUGCCCCGAUUUCCGAAGGAACCCUUAGGACGCCAAUUUUCAGGUACACUUGAGGCCCAAAGGACGGGCGAUCACGAGAACCCAAGCUACCUUAGAAAAGGGGCCAGCGAUGAGAUCCCAGGGCCCAUCGCCAGUAACUACCCACCACUCUACAUGAUGAAACCAAAGAAGCAGUGGCCCAGAGGAAAUGAGCUUCCUUCCAGAACCAUGUCCUCUGGUAAAUUGACCCCGGCCGAGCCAAUGGAUUUCCCACUCGGGGUCCCUGCAGUCGAAUUCGAGAAGCGAAAGAGGAUGAUCCAGGGCCAAGGAGGCACAUGUCCGCACCGUACCUUGUACAGCACCCGUACCUUAGCUUGUACCCAAGAGUGCAACUUUGUAUCUGGCAGGCUGGCAAGCGCGUCGGGACGGUUUGGUAGCGUGGUAGCAGAGCGAGCAUGUGCGUUUAUGGGAACCCCUGAAUUCCAGUCCAAGUCCCUUACCCCCGACGCAGUAUGCCCUGAAGGCCAGAAACCUCACUUCCCUGAGUCUCCCCCUUCUCGAACCACCCACCUUUCGACUCUCGUCUUUUCUCCCCCAUACAUCAUCGGCAUUAUCUCUCUGAUCUGGACGGCACGGACACGCAAACGCGCGACGGGACUGACCACCUUACACCUUACACCUUACACCUCUGAGUUACAACCUACCGAGGCCUGGAGACGAACGAGACUUUGGCUGAGACAUCCAAACAACACAUCACCCAAUACAAACUGCAUACAACACCAUCCACCGCAACAAUCAAUCGCCUGCAGUCCGCUGUUUGACUGCUUCAACCACCAAAAUCCCCCGACCUACUCCGUUGGGCAGUGUCUGCCUCACUGCACUGACACCGCCGCGACGAGCCCCGUCCAACCCCCCUGCGCCUUUCUGCCUCGACGACCCUCAAGAGCUGUGUCGCGACUUCAAGUGCAGCUUUCCUUCCCUUCAACCUCGAUUUGUAUACCAACUCCUCCGCAAACACGAGGACUGACCGGGCAUGCGUCUUCUUUCCGGCAACAUUCAACGUUCGAGUCCGCCAUUGUAACCCACCACGCCUGGCGCACGCGAUUCUUGCCUCUAAACUUCUGUCUCGAAACGAUCCACCCGUCGCAACUUCCACCCGUUAAGAACCUCCGGGCAAUGUUCGAGCAAAAAGCCGACUCGAGUCCCCCGGAUCGGGGAAGGUCCCCUGGCCUCUCCUCCAACGCAGCUUCUCUCGGCGAGCUUGCUUUUUCGACCUCUUCCCAGUUCAUAGAACUGCCCAGCUUGACUCUCCAAACACCAUCGUACGGCACCGAAACCCCCCCUCUAUCAUCCACCCGCCCACUCUCCAAGAUUCGAACGAGCUUUGUUGCUGUUGAAAAGGACGGAAGAGUAGGACUCCGCCGAGAUCCCAGCAACGAGUCGAGUGUGUCCCAGCGAAGGCUCAGCAGCCAUACCGAGGGAGAGGCGUCUGUAUCUGGCCUCUCUGAUAAGACAAUGGCCACCGAGGACACCUCCGGGGGCUACAAGACAAAUAUCGUCGGCAGCCCCAUUCCCGAGUCACCUCGCCGCCCCGACGCGGACAAGCCGACAAACGGAGCCUCCCCUCGUAGCUUGGGGGCUCUGAACAACCACCCGAGCCACAAUCCCGACAAACACGUAGACAUUGAAACGCCUACGCCAGAGCUACUCCCAGGCGACCCGACGCAAAUGUCGCCCGACCACAACGUUUCCAAUGGAACAGCUGCCGCAAAGACCGCCGGGUCCACGGCUCCCAAAAACUCCACAAAGACCACCACCAAACCCCUGGCGAAAUUGGCACCUCCCGCUACCAUCACGAGAGCAAAGACACCGUUGAGAUCUCCAGUCACUGCCAAGACCCCUACCACAGCAACGGGGGGCUCCAAGCCGAGCGCCCCCAAGGCUCAGCACGAUGCCGCAAAGAAGCCGGCCGAGAAGCCGGCGACUUCGACCCCCAAGUCCGCUGCGAAAACGGCAGGUGCCGGCAAGAAACCCGCGCCCGUGCAGGUUUCUCCCUCCAGCGGCAUUGGCUUCGUCAAGCCCAAGGUCAAGUCGCCCACCAAGCCCGUGAAGCUGCCUGCUUCGCUGAUGGCCCCGACUGCCGCCUCCGUUCAAAGAGUCAAGGAGGCUCCUCGCGAAACCCUUACGCGCGCCUCUGGCAGCCAGGGCCGCCCGGCUAGCAGAGCGAGCGCGCCCGGUGCUGCGGCGCCGCCCAAGACUCUGAAGCGCCAGAACUCAGUCAUCAACCGGCCCCGGCCCAGCAUUGGCCCGCCGCCAAAGAAGCCCCUUCAGGACCACCCCAUUACCAAGAAAGAUAAGGAGGUCGACGAAGGUUUCCUGGCUCGCAUGAUGCGACCCACGGCGAGCUCGACUUCAAAGGUAUCAGAGAAGGCUCCCGUUACCCCUCCUAGAAGCAGGAGCGCAAAGCCGAGCAGCGCCAAGAAGGCUUCCGCCUCAAGGAGUCCCAAGAGAGCACUCUCUCGACCGGCAGCGGUACGGGCGGGAAGCCGCACAGGCAGCCCUUUCGCUAGCAAGAAGGAUGCUCCAGUCAAGAAUGUCGUUGAGACCGCAGAGGCCGAGGCCAUCGCCGAGGCACCGAGAACCCCGGAGGCAAAGGCACCGGCCACACCAGAGCCUAUUAUCGAGGAGACUGCGGCUGAACCUAGUCCGGCCAAGGAGGCUGAGGCUGAGGCUCCUGUCGAGGAGAAGGAGACCGCGGUGCCUGAGCUGGAGGCCGUGACUGAAGAGCGUGUUGAGGAGCCCGAGCUCGACGACAUCAUCCAGCAGACUGCCACGCUCGGCCUCAAGGAGGAAGACGCCGAGGACCAAGAGCUUAAGAGCCCGGAUGAGUUCGAGGAGCUACUGGCCGAUGAGAAGGAAGCGGCGGAGGAGGACAAGACGGAGUCAACUCCGGCCCUUGUUGAGGCGACCACAGAAGUCAAGACUGAGACUGCAUGA